AUGGACGGGUAUCCCGAGUCUGACGAAUGCGCAAUCGACAGUGAUUCCGACUCGGAAAAUGAAAGCCUGACUCAAAAUCUCCCUUUUGAACGGAUAUUUCAGAAAACAAGCGUAUCAUCCAGCCGAACCUCAAAAUCAUUCCUUACCGUGGGGUUGGAAAAUGAGACGCACCCAGCAAAGAGACAAACGAAAAAUCACCAUUCCAGCUUGUAUAAAUGCUCAAGCUACGAACCUACGAAGAAAGUCGACAUUGAAGGCAGUAAUAGCAAAGUGUUGAACAAUCAACCUAAAGGCGCUCUUGUAGCAGAGACAGUACUGAAAAAAAACUCUACUGAACUUCGUGAGGGCGUUCAAAAAGGAAAGUCAAACGAGAGCUCCAAAAAUUCUUGGCCCGCAAGCACCACGUCACGGCGAGAAAAGAUGUCGGGUAAUGGUCGCCAAAAUGUACGGUAUCUUGAGCAAGACGCGUUGGGGAAGAAAAGUGAUGACUGGGAUCAGUUCGACACCCACGAUUAUCACAGCCAGUUUGAGCGCUCCAGCAAGCACAAGAGGUUUUAG